AUGUUUCCAUACAAUAAAACAUCUGUUAAUUCGAAUAUAAAACUAUCACGAUGUGAUAGGGUAAAACUUGAAUCAAAUUAUCAGCAGGAAAAUGGAUUAUUACUUAAACAAAUAUCAAAUACAUGUGUAAAAUAUAAUUUGAAAACUCCAUUAGUAAAAAAACAUUUCUUAUAUAGUCCUAAACAUAAAUCAUUAUAUUGUUGGAUCAGGAAGGUUGCAUCUACUAGUUUUACAACAUUAUUCUCUAAUAUACAAGAACAUAGAAAUAUGAACUCUUUAACACCUCAUAGUUCAAAAGAGUUACAACAUUUGACUAAUGAUUCAAAUAUAUUUAAAUUAUUAGUUGUAAGACAUCCAUUUGAAAGGCUUGUUUCAUCAUAUAGAGAUCGAAUAGAAGAUAAUACAAAAUAUACUGAUCAAGCUUGGAUAUAUACCAAAAAAAUAUAUCAUUUUACAAGACCAAAUUUAUUUCGUUCUAAUAAAACAACUGGUAGUUUCUUCCAAAAAAUAUUUACACGUGAUAAAAGAUUACAAAUAGUACCUACAUUUAAAGAAUUUAUAGAAUGGCUAUUACAGGAAUCGCCUGAACAUGAUGAUGUACAUUGGAAUCAAUAUUAUACCCAUUGUGCUCUUUGUAAUAUAAAUUAUAGUUUUAUUUUAAAAUUAGAUCACUAUACUUUUGAUCAGAUUAAUUACAUUUUUUCCAAAUUUGGGAUAGAUAAAAACAACAUGGAUUUACCAAAUUUGGAACAAAGUAAAGGAGGAUGUACUGAUUUCAAACUGACUUGUAAAUAUUUUCAAAAUUUGACACAUAACACUAUUCUAAAAUUACAUGAAAGAUAUAAAAUAGAUUUUGAAAUGUAUAAUUAUGAUUUGGAUAAGUACUUGCUAUGUUAAUUAGAAAUUACUAAGAUAUAAGAAUCAAAAUAUGCAAAAAAUAUUUAUUUCUUAUACAUUUUUUUAAUUAUGAAUACAAGAAUCAUUCUACAUUUUACGAUGCAAAUACAAAA